AUGCGAGGACCACAGGUGGUUGAAGUGUUGGGUGUCUCGCACAGUUGGGAACAUGGUCCUAAGUCUACGACCAUUAGGUCUAGGGCAGACGGAUGGUUGCGGUGGACGAAUCCUCUGGCCUACUACUACUACUACUACUACUACUACUACUACUACUACUACUACUACUACUACUACUCUUUCUCCCCCGCUAUGACCAACCCUCAGCUUGCAUCGAAGACCGAAUCGACGCUAUGCUAA